AUGCUCCUCCGCCCGUCGCCGGCUACCACAGGCCGGCUCCGCCCGUCGCCGCCUCCCCCAACCACGCUGCCGCGUCGCCCGCUGCGCCGGCUGCGGCUCCCUACCGCCUCCCGCGCCCGACGUCCAACAUCCGUGCGUUCCCGGGUCCUCUGUCGCCGCUCCACCAACUGCGCGGGCUGGGUCAGCUCGCCGUUCGCCGGCUCCGCCAACGUGCUCGGCCAUGGCGCCGGCUUCUCUGUGUCCCGCGCCGGCUUCGGGUGGCCGCCCCGCGCGCAGCCGCGUCCCGCCUCAGGCCAGCUCCUUCCGGGCUUGCCGGCUCCCGCUCACCCGGCCGCUGCCGUGUCUCCGGCCGACUCCGCCUUGCCGCCGCGCCCGGCUGACUCCUACAGCACCCGGCCGCCGGGUCACUGGCGCCCCCGCCUCCGGCUUUGUACCUCUCCGGCCUACGUCGCUCCUUGCCGGCUCCCCCCAGCUCGGCCGGCUCCCGAGCACCGCCACUUCCGCGCCGGCUCCGCCCCUGCCGAGACGCCUCGCCCGCCCACCGGCUUCCGCGGGCAGGCUUCACCUCGCCUCGGCCGCCUUCGCGCCGACCCAGCCCCCGUCCCUGGCUGCCUCCUCGCGGCCGUGCCGGCUUCCAGCGCCCCCGCGCACCCGGCCCGGCCGGCUCGCCGCCUCUUCCGCACCCUGCGCAGGCCGGCUCCUACGUCCCGGCCACCCCCAACCUCGCGCCUCCGCCUGGCCUGUCGGCUGGCCGCCCGCGCCUUGUCGGCUCGUGCCCCUGCCGCGGCCGUGCGCUGGCUCUAG